CUGACCGACCGUCUAAUCCAGGCUUCUCCAGGUUCCCUGCAGCAACACACCGUCACUGAGCAGCCAGCGGGAAGCACAGGGAGGACGAUCCGGGAACGGGAUGCUUCUGGCGGCGGGGGCUCCGGCGGAGGCACCCGCUUUCUGUCCCGGCUGCGAUGUCAGAGUCCUGUCAGCCGCGCUUCGGUGAAAUCAUGACUUUUCCCAUUUGUUGAGUUUCAGAGGAGAGUUGGUUGCAAACAGCGCGUCGGAUACCGGGACUAUUAUCCAACCUGUGGGGAGAGGAGAAGCAGCAGGAACAUGUUCAUAGUAAUAAUAUUAAUGCUGACAGACUAUGUUUUUGAAUUUGUACAAUAGAUAAAAUCCCUAUUGUACUUUAUGCACCAGGACCAGGAUCCGACCGCUACUCUAAAGUUAGAUUUGAGGGGAAAAAAUAAAAGGAUAUUGCUGUUAUGGUCUGUGUUUGAAUUUUAUUGGUCAGUCCAACACGCAUUUCCUCAGUGAUCAGAAAACAGAUCAAACAAAGGAGAUUAAAAGAGACACAACCAGGACCAUGAUCAGGAUCUUCCCGGAUUUCAGCGUCCAGGUUACAGCCUCGGCUACCGGAGGAGUCGGGUCUGGCGGCGGAGGAGGUGGAGCCGCUGGGAUGGUGACCGGACCUCCGGUAGGUCGAGUGCCGGUUCCGGUACCUGGAGCAUCGAACGGGACCCCGCAGGGAAUGUCCGCAUACCAGCAAAGUGACCCAUACUGGGAGCGGCCGUCUAAUACAGGCAGCUGCUCGACUGCCCGGCCCAAGACCCUCCACCUGGCCGGCCAGCAGCAUACCUCCUCGCCAUGGCUGCAAGCUCUCCGGAAGGAAAAGUCAAGAGAUGCUGCAAGGUCACGACGGGGGAAAGAGAACUUUGAAUUUUAUGAAUUAGCCAAGAUGCUUCCGCUACCUGGUGCCAUUACCAGCCAACUAGACAAGGCCUCCAUCAUCCGGCUCACAAUCAGCUACCUAAAGAUGAGGGACUUUGCCAACCAGGGGGACCCACCAUGGAACUUGCGAAUUGAGGGACCUCCGCCGAAUACCUCAGUGAAAGCUAUCGGUACUCAGCGGAGGAGGACUCCCAGUGCCAUUGCCUCUGAGAUCUUCGAACCUCACCUGGGUAGCCACAUUUUACAGUCACUGGACGGUUUCGUAUUUGCACUAAACAAGGAAGGACGUUUCCUCUACAUCUCUGAGACUGUUUCCAUUUACCUGGGGUUGUCACAGGUUGAGCUUACAGGAAGCAGUGUAUUUGACUAUGUCCACCCUGGUGAUCACGUGGAGAUGGCAGAGCAGCUCGGCAUGAAGCUUCCUCCAGGGAGGGGGAUGACGCUGUCCCAAGGCGUGGUCAGUGAAGACGGGGCGUCCUCAGCUUCAUCGUCUUCACACUCUGAGACGCCUGAACCAGUGGAGUCCAGCAGUCCCAGUCUUUUAUCUCCUGAUAACUCUCUGGAACGAUCCUUCUUCAUCCGGAUGAAGUCUACUCUCACAAAGAGAGGCGUGCACAUCAAGUCCUCAGGAUAUAAAGUGAUCCACGUCACAGGGCGUCUGCGAAUCAGGAUGGCUCUGACGCACAGCCGCUCAGUGCCUAAUCAGAUCAUGGGAAUGGUGGUAGUAGCCCAUGCCCUCCCUCCACCCACAAUUAACGAGGUUCGCAUCGACUGCCAAAUGUUCGUCACCAGAGUCAACAUGGAUCUCAAGAUUGUCUACUGUGAGAACAGAAUCAGUGAUUAUAUGGACCUGACUCCGGUGGACAUUGUAGGCAAGAGGUGCUACCAGUUCAUCCACGCAGAAGAUGUAGAGGGGAUUAGACAAAGUCACCUGGAUUACAAUGAAAAUGCAAAGUCUGAAGGAAAGACAGGCCACCAAGCAGAACACAGAGAAGAUCCAGAAACAGAAAGCAAGCGUCAGCAGCAGCCUGGCCAAUCACAUUGCCCAUCUGAGGAAAAAAAGAACCAUGAUGAAGGAGACAGUUCAAGUAACCCUGAAAGUCAGGACAGUGAUGACAGUCUGGAGCCCACAGAUGGAGAGCAAGAGCAGGAGGUGUCCCGAGGAGAGGGAGGAGGACUGGAAACCAGAUUGGGGAGAUUAUCUGGCCUGGGAGCUUUGGAGGGACUGAAUACCAUCAGUGGACUUGGUCAUUUGGGAGGACUCCAUAUCAAGGUGGAGCAUUAUGGAGAGGGAGAUGAAGAACUCCAAGGCUCACAAAUGUCCUCAUCAGAAGAGGAAGAAGACGAGGAAGAUGGGGAUGCUGAUGAGGUAGAGGAUAGAGAAAGACAAAGGUGCGAUGAUGCUGGUUCUGGCUGCAAGCUUCAGAAGAGACGGAAAAGGAGGAAAGUGCAAAAAUGGGAUGGAUCGCGUAGCCGGAGGCUUCGGAUGUCCGCGACUCCACCCAGCCCUGUAGCAAUAGGUGAUUCUACACCACAGGCCCACCCCUCAGGGGGCACCUCCGUCGCUUCAACACAGCUGCUAGCUUCCUCCGAUUCUCCAAACAGCACAGAGGCUACAUCCUCUGUUCUAAAAAUCAAGACAGAAAUGGCAGAGCCAAUAAAUUUUGACAAUGACAGCAGCAUCUGGAACUACCCCCCCAACAGAGAGAUUUCUAGAAACGAGUCUCCAUACAGUAUGACUUCCAAGCCUUCCGGUCCAGGGAGCCAGGAGACGUUUCCUUCCCCACAGGGUGGCGCUCUCCAGGUGGCCAUUCCUGACUCGGUCCUCACUCCUCCUGGACCGGAAGGGGCAGCAGGAGGAUUGAGAAAGCUUCCCUACAAUGGAAAUUCAACCUCGUCCUCUUCUUCGAGUGCUACAAGCUUAGCUCCUCCUUCAAACUCUUCCUCUGCUGACCCCCUUUCCCCUCCCCUCUCUGCAUCUCCUCGAGACAAGCAACAAGGCACACCUACGACCUCCUCGAUUUCUUCCUCAUCUGCAACUUCAAGCUCUUCUUCUUCACUGCUCUAUUCUGGGGAUCUUGAAGCACUCCAGCGUUUGCAAGCCGGGAAUGUGGUCCUUCCACUGGUUCACCGUGUCACAGGAUCUCUGUCCUCUACCAGCACCACAGCUCCACGCGUCUACACGACCGGGACCAUAAGGUAUGCGCCAGCAGACGUCACUCUGGCCAUGGCACAGGGAAAUCUCCUUCCCAAUGCUGCCAUGAACUUUGUCGAGAACUCAGGGUUUGGUCUGGACCCUAAGACUCCAAUGGAGAUGCUCUACCAUCAUGUUCACAGGCUAAACAUGUCUGCUGCAGCAGCUGGAGGCCCAUUUGUUGGAUCCCCGGCACCCACAGUGGGUAACGGCACCUUGGGAGGCCAGAUGUCAGCGACAGCCAAUGUUUUUACCACAGCAGAGGGACUUUUCUCGACGCUGCCAUUUCCCGUUUACAGUAACGGGAUCCAUACUACGCAGACAACGCUGGAAAGAAAGGAGGAUCAAUGAAACACAUCCAUGACCGCAUUACUGUGUUUAAGGAUUAACAACUGUGUGAACUCAAAGAUUCAGUAGUAACAAUAGUAAGAGAGAAUUUAUCAACAUGGGGCAGCACUGUGUUUGAAGAGGAAGCAAGGGACAGGAAACGACAAACGUACUUAAGCACUUUGAGCUACUGACCUGGUGGAAGACAUUGACGGCCCUCAUAACCUCUUUUCUAUGGUUUUUUCUUCCUCACUGGUCUCUCUUUUCUUCCAUUUAUUGUAAUCAGCGACAUUUUUGUCUUAAACAGAUUAACAAAGAAAAAAAAGCAGCAGUUCUUUACUGUGAAGAAUUCCUUUUUGCCUACUGAGAAUUCAUGUUGCCUAAGGAUUCCACUGGAGCCUGAAGGGAUCAUUUUAAUAUACCACUUGUUUGGGUUGCAUCUUUAUGAAGAUGUUGAUUGUGUACUUUCAGGAGAUUGGUACAGGUAUUUGUGACACAUAGAAAAUAAGAUGUUUUGUGCCUCUCCUCCUUAUGUAUCUUGAUGUUAUCAAGGCUAAAACAAAGUUUUUAACCUGAGAGGAGAGGUCAGCCGUCUCAGAUGUUUUGACAAAAGAUUUUUGCGAAUGUUUCUUGGUCGAGGGGACAUUAAUCAAUGCUUUUUGCUCUUCUAUUUCUUCCUUUCUAUGAAAUAUUCUAGCUCAGAUGUAACUUUGAAAUCAAAUAUUAUACAGAAAAACAAAAAAAAGCAAUUUCAGCCGGGUAAUGACCUGUGAACUAUCGAAUGUUACUACAAGUUUCCUCAUUUAUCUGAGGAGUUUACCUACAGGUCUCGCACCAAACAUAACCUCCACUACAUCUACUCCCAUCUCAGUCCUUCAAGCUUUCUUGUCUUUCUUCUGCUUCUCUGACCUUUAACUGUCCUUAUUUUUAUCUGGCUGUUCUACAGAUUCGUGGUGCUAUCAAACGUCCAUUUACCCAGAUUCAGCUGGCUGAUGUGGGUAUUGUAAAUUGACCCCCCCAGCUCGCUGAUAGACUGAUUAUUGUUCUUUUUAUGAUGACAGAGUGUUUUAAAGUAUUACUAAACUUCAGGAAUAUCUGAAUACAGCAGCAUCCUCACUAUGUCCCCGUCUGAUCCAUCAGGAAACAAGGGACAGCUGCACACAGCAAUGUGAAGUUGAUCACUACAUGUUUAGGCUGUAUUUUAUUCUCUUACUUGAUAAAUGAGUCAUUUUUGAUUCUCAAUAGAACUGAGCCUAAAUACCUAACAUGUCUAAGUAAAAAAAAAUGAAUGUUAACAACCUUUAUAGGAUUUUGUUUUUCUAUUUUUCGUUAAAGGAAUAGUACACCCAAAACAUGAUUAGCCUUCAUUUUCUACUCACCCCCAUGC